AUGGAGCAAAGGCACUCAGCGCAGCUCGGUACAAAAAGGCAACAACGCGACCAGCGUGCAUACAGCACGGAUCGUCCUGGCCAUUUGACACAGUACCAGAGAACUCACACAGAAGAUAAACUCUUCAGGUGCACUCUGUGUGACAAGGCAUUUGCAUGGUCAUCAGGUCUUCAAAUACAUCAGAGAAUACACACGGGGGAGAAACCCUUCAGGUGCACUUUGUGCGGGAAGGCGUUUGCAGGCUCAUCAAAUUUUAAAAGACACCAGAGGACACACAAUCAUCAGAAGAUCCCCAAGAAAUGGAGUCUGAAAUCGGCUUGUGAAAGUCAAAGUGCUGCAAUGAGCCCAUCCCUCAUGAAACCAGAAGUGAAUCCCAGCUUGGACACUUUUAAAGGUAUCAAGGUGAAAUGUGAAAAGGCGAAGGUGAAAUGUGAAGAAAUGAUGAAGAGCGAAGAAGUGAAGGUGAAAUGUGAGAAAGUGAUGGUGAAGAGCGAAAACUGA